CGAUAAGACAAUAUUCACAUCGGUCAGUUCAUUCUUACAAAGAUGAGCAGCAACCAGUCAACUUCUCCUACAGCUUCGGAGGAUACUGGCAGCAAUGUUGGUCAAGCCAUUGGAGGUGUCUUCCAAGCCAUGUCAGGUGCUGGCGAGGCAGUUCGCGGCAACAUCAAUGCUUUCCUUGACAAGGGCGGCGAAGCGCUCGUCGGCAAGAAGAACGUUGAGCCCCGCAGCUCUGAUUACACUGCUGCCGGCGGCCACGAAAAUAUCGCACAGAAGGGCAUGAAGGACCUGAAAGACGGCUUGGAAAAGGUUACAGGACCCAGCCAAUAGUUAGCAGCUCGAGAAAGUCGCAAAGAGUCUGUGACGGCGCAAUUCGCCGUACAGGCUGCUUCGAAUGUCGCGGUGCUCGUUGGCUUUCAAUCAAUGGGUGCCGCUUGAUUUUUUUUCGGUUGGCUAAGGCUGCAGGCUGCUAUAGAUGACUUGUUUGUGCUGUGCAUAAUGAAUGUCAAGUGCGUACCAUUUGCAUGCUACGCAGUGGCCAGCAUCACGGAUUGUACGGAACCACCAAGGCCGGUGCUUCAAGCGCGUGGCAUUCUUGAACGUCUGCAUUUGCAGUAUCCUUUGCUAUAACUCCUUUCACGCAUACUGACAUGACAUAUAUCCAGAUAUCCAG